GAAAGUGAGCUAACGAAUCCAACAAGAAUAUUAGGUGGUGGACCAUAUUCGUGUGCAGCUGCUCAGAUUCCUUAUUACUAUAAUUCGGAUGCCCGGAUGUUAUCUGAAUUCGAAGUUGGUGAGACUUUGGAAAUCAAGGAAGAAAUUAUACAAGUUUCAGAUAAAAAGGCAGUUACAGAUCAGACAAGAAAUGAUAACUGUGACUCAAAUUUCUCCUCUGUAAAUAUAAGAGAAGCUGACAGUUUUGUAGUUAAGAACAAGCUGCCAACCCAAAAGAAAAAGAAAAUUCAGGAAAUAAAUUCGGGAAAGAAGUAUCAAUGCGAAAAGUGUAUGCGAAUCUAUAUUCAGAGACAAAGUUUGUUUAAUCAUAAAAAAUUCGAAUGUGGCGUCAUGCCACAGUUCAGGUGUAAAUUAUGCGGCAAACAAUUUAAACGGAAGGAUGGCAUGACUGGCCAUAUGGAGCGGAUGCAUAUAAAAAAACGCAAAGCAGCCAGUAUAAACCCAUAAAUGCGAAAAAUUAUAACGUCUGAGGUUAUAUUUUAAAUAGAGUGAACAAGGCAAUCAUAUUUUUAUUUUGUUUGAUAAAUUUUUCUUUAUUAAGCAGUUAAAAAAUAGCAGUGUUUUGUCCACUAUAUAUAAAGUACGUAUACAUUUUUCACCUGUUGUGUAACACUUGUUGCAUCUUCUUUCUGAUGUAUUAGCAAAUGCUGAUAUUUAAUGAUCUAUUAAAUAAAGUAAAAUUCGAAAUUGAUUCUAUUACUUCUUAUAUCUUUAAGUCUCUCACAUC